AGUUUACACCGUACCUUCAAAAUGGCUGCGCCCGAUAAAAAGUAUGGAUUAUUUAUUCCAAGGAAUGUAAAGAAAAAAACAGAAAUCAAGGCCGCUAACAUAUUUGGUGAUGAUUCAGAGGAAAUAGAACAGGUAUCAGUAAAGCAAGGUGUUACAUCAAAGUAUGGGACAACCUCAAACAGCAAAAAUGUCAUUAAAAGACAGACCCAGUUGGACAUUGAUAAAGCCCUGGCAGAAGACCCCAGUGUGUUUGAGUAUGACAGUGUAUAUGAUCAAAUGGCAGGGAAGAAAGAGGAGAAAUCUAAAGCAAAGAAGGUUAUCGAUAACAAGCCACGCUACAUAGAGCAGCUACUUGUAGCCAGUGAGAAGAGAAAGAAAGAUGAGGAGAGAAGACAGGAGAGAAAGAUACAGAAGGAACGGGAGGCCGAGGGAGAAGAGUUUGCCGAUAAAGAGGUGUUUGUCACCUCGGCAUACAAGAAGAAGAUGGAGGAACGUCAGGCAGAGGAAGAGAGGGAAAGACGAGAAGCUGAGUUAGAAGCAAAACAGGAUGUCACAAAGCAAAGUGAUUUGACAGGAUUCUAUAGAUAUCUGUUACAUGAGAAGACCAAAGAUGUCAGUAAAACUGAGGAUGACAGUGAAGAGAAAGUUAAGGUAAAAAAGGAACCAAAAUCUUCGUCUUCAUCAGCAGACUCGGACAGUGACCUUGAACAAAGGUCAAAAACUGCAAAAUCAUCAAGAUCACAUGACAAGCAUAGGUCAAGGUCACCUGAUCAUAAAAAGAAACAUUACCGGAAAAGAAAGGAAAGUGAUAGUAGUGACAGCAGUGUUGAAAAUGACAAUAGAAAAGACAAAGAUAUGUCAACUUCAAGUGACAGAAAAGGGUCCAAAUCAGAUGGCAGGGACAAAAGUGAAAAGGAUUUACGCAAUAAAGACAGAACCAAUGAUAUAAGAAAAAGAGAUGAAAAACAUAGGAAAAGGUCAAGGUCAAGGGAAAGAAGAGAAGAAAACCGCAAGUCACCAGAGAGAAGAAGACAUAGGUCAAGGUCAAGGGAAAGAAAGAAACCAAGGUCAAGAUCAAGAGAGAGGUCAAAACAAAGGUCAAAGUCAAGAGAACGACAUAGAGAUAAACGUUCAGACAGAAGCGAUUCAGACAAAGGAAAAGAAAGAUCUCAACAUGAACAUGACAAAAAUUUGUCUAGAUCUGGAAGGGAUAAAGUGAGAGACAGGAUUGAUAAUAGUGAUGGUGACCUUAAAAAGUCUGGAAAUCCAAAGCCUGAUAUAUCUAAUGAGGAACCAAAAUCUAAAUAUGCUAGAAAGACAACUGAUGGCCAAGUGAACGAUGCAAGAGCCAGGUACUUGGCGAGAAAACUUGCACAAGAAAGAGCUUAUCAGGCUGCUUCGAAUGAUGACACAUGAAAUUAUAUGUUGAUGACACAUAAAUCUAUAUCCUGAAAAUUCUGAAAUGCGAUUUAUUUAUUUGAAUUUCAUUUAAAUGUGUGUGAAGAAAGGAUGAUGGAAAUGGUUGAAUUACAUUGAAAGAUUUGUGAAUGAAUUUCAUUGUUAUGUAUUUGAAAUAUUUUUACCAUUGGUUGUAGUGUUAAUUUACCUAGAUUUUCCCAUUGUUUUUUUGUACUUGAGAACAUUUUUACUCCAACCCUGACAAUAUUGGAUAAAAAGAUUAUAUUGGGUUGCUCAUGGCCUUUAGACAGGCCUUUGGUCUUUCACUACUUUGUCUCCAGUCAGUUACUAGAGAAUGCUUGGACCUAUGGCUGUCAUGUAUCAGUACAAUAAAUGUCAGGUCACAAUGCAUUUGAAAAUAGUUUCUGAUUAGUAACUGAAUAUUGCUUGAGCCUACAGCCUUCAGCCUUCGUAAAAUAAAUUUCUGUGGCCAAUAGAUCACUCAUGUUGAUUUUAGGGUUAUUAGGAUAAAGGUCAAGAUUGCAGCAUACUGGGGACUAAAAUUUCUCACAGUAGUAACUCUGGCAGGCCUUCAUGAAAAGUAUAUGUGUUAUACUUUUAGGUCAUAUAUGACGUUACCACUGGGCACAUGAUUCUAUAUAAGGAAACACUAAUAUAAUGUCAAAUGUCCAGAUGCCUUUAUUACAGGAAUUAAUUUCAUUCAGUUGUAUAAAAUAUGCUUCUUUCAGUAUUAUCUUUUGUCUCUUCUGAACUUCUCAGAAAAUCAGGAGUAGAAUGUAGAUAGUUUUUGCUAGAGGUACAUAUUACAUGUAUAAGUUUAAAAAAUGGUUACAUGUGAAGGGUUUUAAAUAGAUAUGAUCAGCUUUCACAACUGAAGUCUUUAAAUGCCAUGAAUUGGCUGUAAAAAGCUGUCAGUAUUUGUACUUCUUUGUUGUUACCGCAAAUUGACCUUUUGUAACAUGGAACUCGUUCAGUGUUAUUUCAGAAUAAGAGCUGCUGAACUUUUGUUUACCUCUGACACACAGACUAAAGCUUAGUCGUGAGUUUUAUUUUCACAGGCCUGACACAAAUGCUGAAUGGUUAAGGUCGUUGCUUUCGAAUCACAUGCCCCGCACUUCUGUGAGUUCGAAACCUAAUUUGGGGUGUCAAGUUAUCCAGCUGUCUCACGGGAGGUCGUUGGUUCUACCUAGGUACCCACGCAAGCCUGAAACAAUGCUUGGAGGGGCACAUGGGUCUUUCGCCAUCAUGAAAGCAUGAAAGGUCCCCAUUUGACCUAAAUUGUGUCGUCUCAACUCAAAAUCAGAUUGUAAUAGAUUUGAUUAUGGACCUCCUUUAAAUGUCUUAAAGCAAACAAUAAAUGAUUUCAAGUA